AUGAGUAGUGGUACUGGGGAACCGCAGACGAUUUCCGCCGCUCUCACCUGCAUGUUAGAAAUAGAGCAUGAAAUGGGGCGUACCGAAGUUGAGAUUGUGGAGAAUGAAGAACGAAAGAAACUUUAUCGAAUGUACAAAUCAUCUACUGCUGUUGCAGUAAAGGAAAGGUUAACACAUGAGUAUACUUCGGUUAUUGUGAAUACAAGUCACUACUCUUGCUAUAAUGACUCUCCACAUAAAGUUGGUAACAUAACGACUAAUACGUCGAUGGAGCAGUAUGUGAUGGAAGAUGAGAUUCCACAGCGUAGCUGUUCUCCAAUGAAGUGGUGGAAAGACACAGUUGAUGACAAAAUAGGUUUCUCAGAAAAUAGUAAUAUUGGAAGUAUGAACAGCAAUUAUAAUAGUAAGAUAAGUAAUUAUUCUUCCAGAUUUUCUCGAAGACCAAGUGUAUUAGUUUCACCUUCUUUUAGUGCUUGUGAUUCCCUGCAAAUGGAAUGGCCCGCGUGCAAGGAGAUCUCUCCUUCCUUUUGUAGACACAAAGAUAAACAACCGAAUGAAAAGAGUGGAAGGACGCGUUGGAACAUUAGUACGAAUAUUCAUAGUAAACCAACAGCAUUCCGUACUUCAACGACAGUUUCUUCUGAUUCUCAUCUUGUACGUCCAAAAACUUUUUUUCGUGGUGGAAAGCUGCCUCACUCUUCUACAAGGAUAACUCCACGUGCUGAUGUUGGAGAGCAUCGCUCGUCAAAACUUAGUUUUGUCAUUCAUCCUCCACCUGGUCUUGUUUUGGAACGCUUAAAGCGAUUACAAUGGAGAGAAAAUCUACUUCGUAUAGAACUUGAACGUGAGGCAUUGGAAGAUUGGUAUAUUCUACGGGGUGAAUUUAUAGGAAUGGGGAGUAAGCUUGUUGAGAAGGUUCUGUUAGGGUUCUCUUCUUCAGUUCGUGAUGAGCAACGUAGCGUAUGUAAAUUGGGUAUUUAUUCAAAGCCUGCUAUUCCUAUCUCUUUUUCAUAUGAUUGGGAACGGGCAAAAAGACGACAGGAAAAGCGCUUCAUAUCUACAGAAUUGUAUGGUUUACGAACCGACACCAACUUGGUAUCGUAUAGAGCAAGAGCUCCUAUUGAUACCAAAAAAAAAACCAUAUAG